CUAAAACUCAGCACGAACCUCUGGCCCAGCCUGCAGGAAGUGUUCAGGUUCCGCAGGGAACAGACUCUCCCCUGACAACUGCAGCUGGUGUUUUGCUAACAUCGUUUGUUGCUAAAAGGUUUCUGUGCAGGACAGUCAUGGCACCAAAGAGAAGAGCUGCUUCUGCUGCUAAAGCAGGUGGGAAGAAGGUGAAGGAGGAGCCCGCGGCACAGCCCAAGGAUGCCUUCACGUCAGCAAAGGAGGCCCUCCUGGCUGCAGGGCCACAGCAGAAAGGCAGAAAGAAGGUGGAUGAACACUGCCCACUGUCCUCUUCAGGAGAGGUUUAUGAGGAUUACGAUUGCAUGCUCAACCAGACAAACAUAGGACACAACAACAAUAAGUUUUAUGUAAUCCAAGUUAUUAAAGCAAACAACAAGUACUAUUCAUGGAACCGAUGGGGCAGAGUGGGGGAAGCGGGUCAGAAUAAACUGAACGACUUCAGUAARCUGGAGAUGGCCGUCAAAGACUUUGAGAAAAAGUUUAAGGACAAGACAAAGAACAACUGGAGUGACCGGAUGAACUUUGUCUGUCACUCUGGGAAGUACGCUCUGAUCGAGGUGGAUGGAGAGCAGGACGCUGAGGUCAAGGUGGACACUGUUGAUGGGAAAACCGUCAAAGUGUCAAAAAACAUCCAACCUUGCACCCUUGAYGAAGCCACGCAGAAACUUAUCGGCCUCAUUUUCAGCAAUGACAUGUUCAAGGAGGCGAUGGAAUGUAUGAACCUAGACAUCAAAAAGAUGCCUUUGGGUAAGCUCAGCAAGGUGCAGAUUGCAAAGGGUUUUGAGGUUUUGGAGGAGAUUGAAGCAGCUAUGAAUCGAAAUAGCAGAAGAGAACGCCUGGAAGAGCUUUCAUCCAAGUUCUUCACCACGAUCCCUCACAACUUUGGCAGAAACAGACCGCCAGUAAUCGACAACACAGACAUUAUUGAGAAGAAAAAAGAGAUGCUUAUGGUGUUGGCAGACAUUGAGCUCGCCCAGACACUGAAAUCAGAAGCUGAGAAGGCUCAGGAAGAGAUGGUAGAGACUGUUCCUCAUCCUCUUGACCAAGACUACACGUCUCUGAAAUGCAGGCUCACCCUGCUGGACCCAAAAACUGAAAUGUUUAAGAUCAUAAAAAAGUACCUGAAUGCGACRUCAGGUGGCUAUUCUAAACCAGAAAUCAUCAACGUGUGGGAAGUUGAUCGUGAAUCCGAGGGACGGCGUUUCAGCGAGAAUGACGCGUUGGAGAAUCGCCGUCUGCUGUGGCAUGGGACUAACAUAGCGGUAGUGGCGGCUAUCCUGAAGAGCGGCUUAAGGAUAAUGCCUCAUUCCGGAGGCCGUGUUGGUUCUGGGAUCUACUUUGCAUCUGAAAACUGCAAGUCUKCGUGUUACGUUCGGCCCUCGAACAACACUGGAGUGAUGUUUCUCAGUGAGGUAGCUCUGGGCAAAGAGUGCACUAUUACCAAAGAUGACCAUACCUUAAAGAAGGCUCCUGCAGGUUAUGACUGUGUGGUGGCGCGAGGCCAAGUGGAACCAGAUCCAUCUAAGGACAUUGUCGUCACUCUGGAGGGAAAGAAUGUUACUGUUCCUCAGGGAAAAGCCAUAAASCAGCCACAGUACUCUGACAGCUACUUCAGCAACAGUGAAUAUCUCAUCUACAAAGAGAGCCAGUGUCGCCUUCGCUACCUGCUGGAGCUCAACAUGCGCUGCUGAUUCCAGCCAAAGUAGAAGCACGUGCAUUAAAAGUGCAGAUUCUUAUUUUAGACGUCUCGCCGCGUUGCACAUGAUGCCUCGUUCUUUUCUGUGCCUUAUACGUAUUUCCGCCAUGCAUGUGGGACAGAAUGUACUGCUGUUUUAGCACACGUUAAGCUGUAAAACAUACUGAAGUUUUGAGAAAGAUGUUGACCUCUCGUUGUAGGGCUUGUGGUAUCUGUUGUGUUUACAUGUUUUAAAGGGAUUGACUUUUGCACUCUUGGAUUUUUGAACUUCACAGAUUUUUAUGUGUCGUUUUGGUAGUUGGGACUUAGGUUUGACAUAAUGUUAUUUCACUGCAAAACUGGAGCAGUUCCUUUACUAUUAAGAAAAAUCAGUGAAGUUUCUUGUCUGGAGCACUUUUAUUUUUUAUGAAGAAAGAUGCUUUGACUCAGUCUUSUUUAUGCUAAUGAGUAAUGGUAAUGGUUACUUUAUAAGAAUGUAUCUGAAUUAUACAAGGGUGACUGGCAGCAUGUCUUAGCAGUUAAAUAGACAUUUGAAAUAAUAAUAAUGUAGAAAAAAGCAGAAAAAUAACCGAUGUGCAUUAUGAGGUACAAGUUGUGGUUCAAGUGUGUUAAGACUUAAUAAUAGAAGUAAAUUCCAAAUAUCUUCUCUAUGCCUACACAGGUGUCAUAUAGAGUCACUAAGAAGAACCUUAUUAACCACCAAAUUGCAUUUUUGCACAAUGACCACUUAAAACUGACAUUCUUUAAUAAACUAAAAUGCACCUGUAAA